AUGGAAGAUAUUCUUUCUCAACAUCAAGUUUCGAAUCGUACAAUUAGUUUAUCAUCCAUCGAGCUUUCUGAAUGUAUUUCUUCUUAUAAUGAAAACACAGGCAAUAAUGUUGGUGAUGCACAGACGAAGAUCAAGCUGAAGGAAAGACAAGCUUUGAUACACAAACUUGACCUACGUUUAUUGCCGAUUCUCUCAAUCAUCUACCUUCUGUCUUAUUUGGAUCGAUCAAAUAUUGCCAAUGCGAAAAUAGGUGGUCUUGAACAUGAUAUUCAUUUAACUUCAAUUCAAUAUCAAUGGUCCUUGUCAAUAUUCUUUUUCGGGUAUGUACUUUUUGAAAUUCCAUCCAACAUCAUCCUGCGACGAUGGCGACCGUCUCGGUGGAUCGCCUUGAUAAUGUUCAGUUGGGGAACGAUCGCAGUUUGUAUGGCUGCUGUUUCGAACUUUAUUGGUCUUCUCGUGUGUCGAUUCUUACUCGGCGCUUUCGAAGCGGGUCUUUUUCCCGGUGUCAUCUAUUUCAUGAGCCUUUGGUAUCCGAGAAAAAUGCAAGCUAUUCGACUUGGCUUCUUUUGGUCGUUUUCCGCUUUAGCAGGCGCAUUCGGUGGUUUAAUAGCGUAUGGCAUCGGUCAAAUCAAAUCAUCAAAAAUUGCACAUUGGCAAUUGAUUUUCAUUAUAGAAGGUUUUCCUACUAUUCUCAUGUCGAUCUGCUGUUACUUUUUCUUACCUGAUUCCCCUGAACGCGCACGAUUUCUGACUGUUGAACAACGUCAACUUGAAAUAGAAAUCUUAGCUGAAGAUUCAGGAGCAUCACAUAGUCAUUCAUUUUCAUGGUCGCAAGUCAAAUCUGUCUAUACCGAUUGGAAAACGUACGUAUACGCAAUUAUUUACAUUACAGGAACGACGGCACUACAAGGUGUCACGCUUUUUCUGCCUUCAAUUAUUGUCGGACUUGGAAAAUGGACACCAGUUCAAUCUCAACUAAUGACUCUACCACCUUAUGCAGUUGCGUUUGUUGUUACGCUUUCACUUUCCCGCAGUUCAGAUUAUUUUGUUGAACGUUCAUUUCAUCUUGUUUUUACGAAUCUUCUAUCCAUAGGUGGUUUUCUAAUUCUUAUGUUUGUUGAACGCAAUCGAUACAGCAUGCUCUAUUUUGGUGUCAUUCUCCUAACAGCAGGUGUCUAUGCAAAUGUUAGUUUGAAGAUUGCGUGGUUCAAUAAUAAUUUCGCUUCUUUGACACGACGUGCUGUUGCUUCUGCUACUAUCGUCUCUAUUGGCACAAUCGGCGGUGCUGUUGCCGGUCAAAUUUAUCAAGAAAAGCAGAAGCCACAGUAUUUCUUAGGGAAUUCGAUUUCCUUAGGUUGUAUUGUCGUACAAACGAUUCUUGUCUUGUCACUUCGAUUUAUUUUCAUUUAUGAAAAUCGACGUCGAGGAAGAUUUACAAAAGAGCAAAUUGAACGGCAAAUCCAACGAUACGGUGGAAAUGACUUGAUCGGAGAUCGUCAUCCAGAUUUUCGAUAUACUUUAUAA